CUUUUUUAUUACUUAAUGCGUCCUUGAAGUAUAAAAAUGAACAUAGAAAUAAGUUAUGAGAAUAUACACGUUUUGUUAUAUAUAUACCAUUAAAGAUUGGCAUUCAGUUGAUGAUGUAGUAACUAUGAACACGCAUUCAAAAUGAUAAAAACUUAAUGUUAAAACAUGAAUUUUUUUUAUAAAUUUUUUUUUAAAUAUGUUGUACCUAAAAAAUAUCAAAAAUACAAAGGUUUUGGUGAUUUGAAACAUUUUAUAUCAGAUUUUUUAUUGUUUACACGUGUUAUUAUUUUCAAAUGUUUCACUAUGUCUGUCGCAUAUACAGAAAUACCCUCAAGAAAUGAUUAUGGACCAAAUGCAGCGUUGGCACAGACAUUAACUGUAUUAGUAAUGAGCUGUUUGCUUCUUAAUAGUAGUAUGGGAUUAUUUAUGCAAACUCUUGUUCUUGGAGACGUGUACCUUAACAAAAAUGGUGCAUUUUCUUUGACAAGUACACAAGCUUCUUGGUUUGGAGGUUUGAUACCCCUUUGCUAUCUACCUGGCAGUUUACUUACAGGAUUCUUACAAGAUAAAAUUGGUAGAAAAUAUUGCAUGAUAUUAGCCAACAUGCCUAGUUUUAUUGGAUGGUUAAUGUUACAUUUAGCUGUGUCACCUACAAUGCUUUUUAUAUUUUCAAUGGCGACUGGGUUCAGUAUAGGGUUUGUUUGUACGCCAGUAUUUUCAUACAUUGGUGAGGUUACAGAGCCUCGAGUUAGAGGCCAGUUGGCUUCUAUAUCACAAGGUGGAUUCAUGAUUGGUUCUUUGGUAACAUCAAUAUUAGGAUACUUUUUUAAAUGGAGGACUGUGGCAUUUAUCAGUUCGAUUAUCCCAAUCAUAUCUAUAAUACUUGUAUUUUUAAUACCUGAAUCACCAAUAUGGUUAUUAAGUAGGGGUAAAUCUGUCGAUGCUAUGAAAUCAUUAUGUUGGUUAAGAGGUUGGGUGGAACCGCGAGAAGUUAAACAAGAAUAUGAAGAACUGGUUCAAUACAAUAAAAUUUCAGGCGUUCACGUCGCAAAUAACAGCAAGAAAAAUGUGAAAUUUACUUCAAAUAAAUUGUCCAUUAAGGAUCCUCUUAUUUAUAGACCACUAAGAUUGAUUUCUGUAUUCUUUUUGGUUUCUAUAAUUCUCAGCAUAAUUCCUUGUAAACCAUAUCUUGAGCAUAUUUUGACUGAGUUAGGUCUAAAAACAAAUCAAAGUCUCAUAUUGAUACUUUUGUCUUUUCUUCAAAUUUUUCCUUGUGUUAUGACAUCAAUGGUUGUAAAAGGACAUGGAAAACGAUUCUUAACAUUAUUAAGUGUAUUUGCAAAUACUACAGCUGUACUAAUCAUUGGAAUAUACUUAAUUUUAAUAAAAAAUCAAUUAUUAAUUAAUGUGCCAUGGAUAUUCUUAUUUUUGUUUUGCUGGAUAUAUUUUUUCGCUUACGUUUUAACAUGUUUACCAUGGAUUGUAUUAAGUGAAAUAUAUCCCAAUAAAGCUCGUGGAAUUGCAACUGGAACAUCAGCAGCUAUUUACUAUUUACUAACAUUUAUUUUAGUAAAAGAGUAUUUGAGCAUUGAAGAAUAUUUAUCACUUGAGUAUACCAUGAUCUCAUUUGGCAUUAUUGGAAUCAUUGGAUUUAUCUACUUGUUUUUGUAUUUACCAGAAACAGAACACAAAACAUUACUGGAAAUAGAAGAAAUUUUUGAUUCUAAUAAAAGAGUUCACAUAUUAGCAGUUAUCGCACCGACAUUUCAAAUUAUUAAUAUUGGGAUUAUGCUAUUUAUGCCUACAAUAGUUAUAAGUGAUUUUUAUCAACACGAAAAUGAUGAUUUUUCAUUAACUAGUAAUCAACUUUCUUGGUAUGCUAGCAUUAUAUGUAUUUAUCAACUACCUGGUAGUCUAGUUUCGGGAUUCUUGCAAGAUAAGUAUGGUAGAAAACGAUGCAUGAUUUUGGCAAACAUCCCUAGUUUAAUCGGAUGGGCAUUAUUACAUUACACAACAACUCCCACAAUGCUAUUACUAUCUUCUUUACCGUUGGGAUUGAGUAUUGGUAUAAGUGAAGCUCCUGUAUUCUCUUAUAUUGGAGAAAUUGCAGAACCUCGAAAUAGAGGUCAACUAUCAUCAAUUGCAAAUAGUGGACUUAUGCUGGGCUCCGUAUUAGGUUCUAUUUUGGGAUGCUUUUUCAAAUGGAGAACUAUAGCACUAUUUAUUAUGCUUAGUCCGAUAAUUUGUGUUUGUCUUAUUUUGAUAAUACCAGAAUCGCCUAUCUGGUUGUUAAGUAAUGGCCAAACUGACAAGGCUAAAAAAUCAUUAUGUUGGUUAAGAGGUUGGGUGGAAUUGCCUGAAGUCAAUGAAGAAUACGAAGAAUUGGUUCAGUACAUUCAACUAUCUGGUACUCAUAUAAGAGAAGGUUCGGAAAAAAAAACGAAGUUAAACUUUAUGAAAAUGAUUUUUAAGGAUCCUCUAGUUUAUAGACCACUAUCUAUGCUCUUAUUAUUCUUUUUUUUCUCCGAAAUAUUGUGUAUCAUACCAUGCAGGCCAUUUAUAAAACACUUACUAACAGAAGUAGGUCUGGAAACAUAUCAGAGUGAAAUAUUGAUUCUAUUAGCAGUUAUUCAAUUUGUGCCAUGUGUUGUUCUAAUUCUGAUUGUUCAUCGAUACGGAAAACGAUUCCUGUCAUUACUUAGUUUGACCGCAAAUACUGGAGGUGUUUUGUUUAUAGGCUUGUAUUUAAUGUUAAUAAAAAAUGAGUACUUAACUUGUAAGCCCUGGAUAUUCUUGCUUUUGUUUUGCUGGAUUUAUUUUUUUGCCUACAUUUUAACAUUAUUACCGUGGAUGGUAAUAAGUGAAAUAUUUCCUAAUAAUAUCCGAGGAGUUACCACUGGGCUAUCAGCAGCUUUUUACUAUUUAUAUAUAUUUUUCUCAACAUAUUUAUACACAAGCAUUGAAUCAUAUCUGUCACUUGAGUACACUAUGAUUUUAUUUGGUGUGAUCGGAAUUGUAGGAAUUUUAUUUUUAUAUGUUUAUUUACCUGAAACAGAAAAUAAAACAUUAUUGGAAAUCGAAGAAAUAUUUGAGUCAAAUAAAAGCGUUUAUCAAUAAAAUAAAUAAAUUAUUUAUGUUCUAUUGUACUUAAAGAAAAUAAGUAAAAAUAAAAUUUGUAAUAUAGUUAAAACUGAAUUUAAGAAUGAAGGGACAUAAAGCUAGUGUCAAAACUCAACAAAAAUAGGUUAAUCAACUUUUUUUUUUUAACAGAAUUUUAGAAAUCAUUUUAUGAGUUAUGACAAAAAAAAAUGCUAAUUUAUGUAUAGGAGCCUGAAAUCUUGGGCAUUUAAA